AUGGGGUUGAUAGCAUUUUCGUUCGUUUUUCUAUCAACGAUUCCUGUUGCCCUAGCAUCGCAGAUUCCAAAUCAAAUCCGGAGCCCAGAAACCACACACUAUGGAAACCAAUCCUAUCCGGGUCAAAAAGGGCGUGACUAUGACUACACCUCGUUCAAUCGCAACCAAACCUACCGCGCUGCAGCCGUUAUUGAAAUGUUUCGUUUCGCCUGGAACGGGUACUCCACCUACGCCUUCCCGAACGAUGACCUCCUACCCGUUAACAGCUCUUAUCGCAAUUCGCGCAAUGGAUGGGGAGUGGCCGCAGUUGAUGGCCUCGACACCGCAAUUAUAAUGGAACAAGAGGACAUCGUCAAUCAGAUCCUGGACUUCAUUCCCACCAUCGACUUUACUAAAACUAAAGCACCAGUGUCUUCGGUUGUGUCAUUAUUUGAAACAAAUAUCAGAUACAUUGGGGGAUUGUUAUCAUCAUACGAUCUUCUCAAAGGGCCAUUUUCGCACCUAGAUGUGGACGAUGAUAAAGUAGAUGCUCUACUAUCACAAUGCAAAAUCCUCGCAGAUACCCUCAAAUUCGCUUUUGAUACCCCAACUGGUAUUCCCGUAAACAGCAUCUUCCCCAAUAAUCGAACCUUCUCAGCUCGUGGUCGCAGGCAAGACGGAAUACGCACCGCAGGACUUGCCGAGCUUGGAACUUUGGUUCUGGAAUGGCAACAUCUUUCCGACUUGACCGGAGACCCCGAAUACGGUGAUCUAGCACAAAAGGCGCAGUCAUACUGGUUCAAUCCCUCCUCCGAGAUCUGGCCUGGACUUACUGGAGGCAACUUCAGCGUUGAGACCGGCGAGAUUCUUGACGAAUAUGGAGGCUGGACGAGUGGGAACGACAGCGCAUACGAAUAUCUUAUCAAGAUGUACGUCUACGACCCCGAUCGCUACCAAAACUACUCGAAGCGCUUCAUUGAAGCCGCGGACUCCACAAUUGCCCAUCUGCUCUCCCAUCCCUCCUCACGACCUGAUCUCACAAUGGCCGGAUCCUUCACUGGUAGCGCGGUGCAAAAUUAUAGCGAGCAACUCGCUUGCUUCAUUGGUGGAUCUUUCAUACUCGGAAGCACUGCAUUGGAUCGGCCCGACUACCUCAAACACGGCCUCGACUUCUGCGAAUUCUGUGCGAAUGGAUAUCGGUACACGGCAAGCGGAAUUGGGCCGAUAGUCUACUCUUGGAACCUUACGGAAUUGAGCUGGUCAAAUUUUACAAAUCAGACAGAUCUAUACGAGAAAGCAGGUUGGUUCAUAGAUGACAACACAGCCUUCCUGAACGGCCAAGCACCAGAAGCCAUCGAGAGUUGGUACUACGCGUACCAGGUCACGGGGAAUCAAUAUUGGAGAGACGUUGCAUGGGCGUACACGCUCGCACAAAAUCGAACCGAGAGAGUGGGAAGUGGAUUUAGCAGUAUCUUGAAUGUGUUGAAGGAAGAUGGAGGCGGCUGGGAGAACAUCCAGGCAAGUUAUAUGCUUGCUGAAGUGCUGAAGUAUCAAUACUUAAUACAGGCUCCGGAGAAGAAGAAGGGGAUUUGGGAUGUCGAGUAUACACCUGAUGGGGCUGGACAGGGCGGGAACGUGAAUUAUUUUGUGUAUAAUACCGAGGCUCACCCGUUUCGAGUUCGGGCGGAGAAACCUGUGUAGAAUGGAGGUGCGCAAGGGG